GCGGUGGGGGUUGCGGACAAAGGGACCCUGCGCACCUCCCACGCCGGCCCCCGCGCGCCCCGGCUGGCCACAUCUGGAAUUCAUUCCCGCCGCCGCCGGAAAGGGGAGGAGAGCGGGGCGGGGCCAGCGGGGGGCCGAGGCGGCGCCUCUCCCCGCCCCCCAUCCGUCGCCGGUCCCCAGCCCCGGGACGCAGCGGAGCCCGGCGGGCAGCCCCAGCCGCGGCCGUCCCGGGGACGCCGGAGCCAAGGCCCCCUCCAGCCAGGGCAGGGACCCGGGCCGGCCGAGCCAGCGCUGACAGCCCCAUGGCCCCGGCUGGCCGCUGAGCCCCAUCAUGGGCACCCCGUACUCAGAGUACCUGAACCCCGGCAAGGUCCAGGAACACUACAACUACACGAAGGAGACGCUGGACACGCAGGACACACUGUCCCGCCAGGUGGCCUCGGCGCUCAUCAUCCUCCUGUGCAUCGCCAUCGUGCUGGAGAACCUGCUGGUGCUGAUCGCCGUGGGCCGAAACAGCAAAUUCCACUCGGCCAUGUACCUGUUCCUGGGGAACCUGGCCGCCUCGGACCUGCUGGCCGGCGUGGCCUUCGUGGCCAACACCUUGCUGUCGGGGCCCGUGACGCUGGGGCUCACGCCCAUGCAGUGGUUCCUGCGUGAAGGCUCCGCCUUCAUCACGCUGUCCGCCUCGGUCUUCAGCCUGCUGGCCAUCGCCAUCGAGCGGCACGUGGCCAUCGCCAAAGUCAAGUUGUACGGGAGCGACAAGAGCUGCCGCAUGCUCCUGCUCAUCGGGGCCUCGUGGCUCAUCUCGCUGGCCCUGGGCGGGCUCCCCAUCCUCGGCUGGAACUGCCUGGGCCACCUGCAGGCGUGCUCCACCGUGCUGCCGCUCUACGCCAAGCAGUACGUGCUCUGCGUCGUCAGCAUCUUCUCCGUCAUCCUGCUGGCCAUCGUGGCGCUGUACGUGCGCAUCUACUGCGUGGUGCGCUCCAGCCAUGCCGAGCGCUCCGGCCACGCCGACGUGGCCGCCCCGCAGACGCUGGCGCUGCUCAAGACGGUCACCAUCGUGCUGGGCGUCUUCAUCGUGUGCUGGCUGCCGGCCUUCAGCAUCCUGCUCCUGGACUACGCCUGCCCCGUGCGCGCCUGCCCCGUGCUCUACAAGGCGCACUACUUCUUCGCCUUCGCCACGCUCAACUCGCUGCUCAACCCCGUCAUCUACACGUGGCGCAGCCGGGACCUGCGGCGGGAGGUGCUGCGGCCGCUGCGGUGCUGGGCGCGCGCCGUGGGGGCGCAGGGACGGCGCGGGCGGAACCCGGGCCAGCGGCUGCUCCCGCUGCGCAGCUCCAGCUCCCUGGAGAGGGGCACGCACAUGCCCACGUCGCCCACGCUGCUGGAGGACAACACCGUGGUCUGAGGGGGUCCCGGGCAUUUGCCUGCCGCGUUCCCGUGGCCACGCCCCCGGCU